AAGAAACGCAAUAACGCCCCUCUAAAAGUUAAUUGACUCUUCCUGUAUGGCGACUAUUUCAACCACAGCGAAUCUCGGUAGCUGCGCAAGUCGUUCUCUGACUCGCAGUUCGUGGCUAUGGUGGCCGCCGCUGCUCAGAUGAUGAGCGCCAUUAGCGUCGUGUUGCUGACGCUGAUGCUGUGGGGUUGUCAAACUUUCGCUGAAGAUGAUGUCGUUAUUGAGCUUCGUAAAAGUCAACCAUGUCAUUGUAACGACACCAUUUUUCGAUUUUCCGAGAAACUUCUGACUAAAGAUACUGACAUUCGAUUGUCAAGUUUCAGGAACAGGAAUGGCAAACAAAAGGUAUUGCUGGUCGUCAAUGUGGCGACUUACUGAGGGUUUACCGAACAGUACAUCGAACUGAAUGCACUACAAGAGGAGCUUGCCGAUAAUUUGGCCAUUUUAGCUUUCCCUUGUAACCAGUUCGGCAAGCAAGAACCAGGUGGCUCAGAUUUGGAAGUGUUGAACGGAAUCCGUUACGUUCGACCGGGUAACAAUUUUCAACCCCAAAUGAAACUAUUCAGAAAAAUUGAUGUCAACGGCGAUAAUGAACAUCCUUUAUUUUCUUAUCUGAAGAGUUGCUGUCCGCCUACUCGAGAUUAUUUCCAAGAAGCCACCAAAUUGUAUUACACCAAAAUUCGCGUCAACGAUAUCCGCUGGAACUUUGAGAAAUUUCUUGUUAAUCGCCAAGGGGUGCCCGUAAUGCGCUAUGACGCAAGUGCUAAUGUUACGUACAUGCGCCAGAACAUUGACCAACUCGUUAAUUCCUAAAACUUCUUCUCCCUUUUUUUUUUAAAUUUUAAUUUGACAUUUUCUUUUUUCUUGUUACGUUUUUCUGUACAUAAUAUUUCCUCUCUUGUUUCUCUGCAUUUCAAAUGAGCGCUUCGAAGGUUUGUACGUAAUUGACAUAUGAUCCUCUAGAUCUCAACUGUCUGAAACAUGGCGGCGGUCUAAGGGGAGAGGCGAAGCUCGGAUGGCUGGAGAUGAGCCCGAAACCUAGAGUGAAUUUCUGUUUGUUUUUUGUCACUAAGGGAGCUCUUUUGUGCAUAAGGGCAAGUCGGGUCAAGUUUCCGGACCACAGAGUCUGUCAUUCGACUGCAAACCCUGCGAAUUAUCUCUAUUUGUCGCUGCUCUAUAUUUGAUUCACUAAUUCAAUAAACGUACGAUUAUUGUCAAAGA